AUGCUGGAUAUUCUUGGGUUCGAAGCCCGAUCGAAGUUGCACUUGGAGGCUGCUUUGGACAAAUCUCCAGAAAGGUUUGUCACCCGAGCGCUCCUAAACAAACAUAACAAGAAAUAUCAUGCCCUUGCCAUGAAAGAAGAGUCGCCUAGCCUUGCAGAAAUCCUUGCGCCCAAGCCAGAGCCCCUUUUUAUGAACGCACUCCCAGUGGAUGAUCAACCGUUUGGUGAGGUGGAGUUCAACAAUUCCAGCAAUGGAUAUUUGGAUGUUUCUACCGACUUCGACUUCGAUAAGUUUAUUAAUGGUUCCACUGGUGGUGGAGAUAACAUCAACUUUGAUCCUUAUCUAGGAGAGAAUGAGAUUAAUCAUAGUAUAUAA